AUGUCCAGUUUCGUGGCAUUCCUCUCGGGCGCUGAUCAGUACGGCCGUUGGGUGCCGGAGCAGGAAAUCACGGCCUCGGCCUAUCUGGGCGGAUCCACGGUGGACUUCAGCCAGGCGCUCUUCAAAUAUCCGGUCAUCACCAUCCGUUCCACCGCCUUCUGGGGCAGCGUCACGGUCAUCGUCCCGCCCAACGUGGCGGUGGAACAAGAUGGCGCCGCCAUCAUGGGAGGCUUUGGAGACACCGGAGGACUUUGGACCAACAGCAACACCCUGGGUACCACCGCUCCGGCCUCUCCGGCCGCUGUAACGAUCCGCAUCGUGGGUACCGCGUUGAUGGGACGGGUGAAUGUGGCCGUGAACCACCGGGCGGCACCGGCGCAAGUGCUCAGCACGCAGGAGGUGGAACGAAUCUUGCGGGAAGUGCCGCCCCCGGCAUCUACCACGGUACAAGACUUCAUGGCGCAAGCUCUGCAGGCCCAAGUGCAGGCGCAGCAGGCGGCCCAAGCGCAGCAGGCCGCUGUGGCCCAGGCCUUCGCCGCCGCGGCGACCGCAGCGACGCCGCCACCGGUGGCGCCGACGGAUCCGCGCGCGGCGCUGCUGCAGGGGCUGGUGACGGCACAGGCGCAGGGAGAUCGAGCUGCGGCACUGCAGCAGGUCGCUCAGGCGCGCCAGGCGGCGAUGACUCAGGUUAUGGCGCAGACGGCGGCAGCGGCAGCGCGGACGGGAGAUCCUCAGGCGGUGUUGCUGCAGCAGGUGUUGACUGGCCAGACAGCGCCAGCGCCAGCGCCAGCGCCUGCGGCGAUGCCGACAGCGUCCGCGCCACCGGCUCCACCAACAGUAGCUGCGGGAGGGGGAUUGCAAGCCAUGGAUUGA